UGCCUACGUGGAAGUUUGUGAAUGAGACCGAAAGUCUGUCGUAUUCAUAUUUCAUAAUUUGUACUCGAAUUUCGAAAUCGUGCCGGAGAAUAAUUUCACGUUUUAUAAAUUAGUAAUGGCUGCAUCAAGAUUUCUGUGGUGUCAAUAUCAAUCUUAAACAUGAGUGACACGGUCCGAAAAGUGCAAAAUCCGAAAAAUCCUCUGCUUUCUGCAGCUGGGCAAGGAUUUCCAUUUGAAAAUUUUGCGGAAAAUGCAUUGCUUAUGCCAGUUACGCCUGCUACACCUGCUGUACUUAGCGAUGAUGCCGAACUGGAAGGACUUUCAGGACCGAAUUUGAUUAAUCCAUCACCAGCAACUAUAAACGCAACAGUGGAUUAUACAAGUGGGAACCCGCUUGUUCCAACUUCUCUUCCAGAGGUAUCUAAGGAGUCAAACAACCAACCGCAAAAACAAGGAUAUUUUACCUCUAUUUUAUCGUCACUGCCGAAUUUGUCAUUAUCAGCGAUUAAGGGAGAGAGUCACAAAGCACAGGAAUAUCAGGAACCCCAAGAAGCACAAUAUGUGGACCCUUAUCUACAAAAUCCUUAUGGUUCUCCAUCUGGACCUCGAUCUUUUUUAGCUACCAACCCUUACGAUUCCCAUUUAUCAACUCAGCCGAGUCCUUUCGAAUCGAGUCCAGCUCCACCUCAGCAAGUGCCACCACCUACAACUUUACCUCCAAGUGGUGGGCCAGGCUCUUAUCGACUUGGCAAUCAGAGGCGUCUAAAAUACGCACCACCUCCGGAUUUAACUUCUAGUGCCCCGAAACAAUAUCAAGUGCCAUCUUCUCAACCCUUUUCACCACAAACGAGCGCCUUGCCUCCUCAUUUUUUAAAUCCGAAUGUACCAGUUCAAACUGAAAACUACAGUCAUCAAGUUAGCACGGGACCUUCUUCAGGACCUGGAAGUUCUAUUCAAAGUCCCUUCAGCAAUAGUCCAGUAGUCACACCUUUCAGUUCAACAGCGAACCUUCAAACUUUUAAUCAAACUCCAACUUAUUCUUUAAACGCUCCGCCUAGAAUUGGUUCUUUCGCUUCUUCACCUGAAAAUAUUCCUGGACGAUUUCCGGAAACUCUGACCCCGCAAAAUACACCAGCAGCAACAAGUUAUCCGGGUUUUAGUGCUUACGAAAAACAAUCUUCUUUUGGAUUUUCAGGCACUGGGAUUAGUUAUCCUGCCUCUGCUUUUAAUUCGAUACACACUGAAGAAAGGAAGGAACCUCCUACCAUUACCACUGAUGAAAAAACCUUCACUCCCAUUUCCGCUGCGAAAGUCUCGCAAAAAUUAGAGAAUUUCAUCGCUGAACAAGAAGAGGAAUUUCUAACCCAGAAGCUUAACGAUUUUUCGUCAGAAGUUUCGGACAUUACAUCACAAAUUCUUUUGAAAGAGACGAAAACCCCCGAGGAGCCAAGGGAAUUGAAGAAGACGGUUGGUAACUUUGAUGGGAAUCAGAAUCGUGAAAAGACAGUUGAGCCUCUCACGGAAAUAGAUUUAAACGCCCCGCUUUCUGAAAUUCCUCUAUCAGGAGUUGACGGAAAAGAUCCUAAUGUAAAUCCUUCAUCGACAUUCUCAGCAGUUAGUUUCUUCUCUGAGGGAAACGCAAAUCAAAAUUCGAGUUUGAAUCAAUUACCUCCUGCAGAAGGUCCGGAGUUCCCUACUUUUUACAAUCCACUUGAUUAUCAAAAUCAAAAUACCUCGACUUUGCUCGCUGUUAGUCUAGCGAGUGUUCAGCAUCAAAGUUUCCAUACUGAGGGUUCAACUUCAAAUAGUACCUCGAGUGAUCCAGUUGGAAAUGUGCCUUACUCAAGUUGGAACAUUGAUCAAGCAAAUUCUGCUGUUUUAAAUCCAGUUUACGGAGGGCCUGUUCAUCCAGCACCGUCGUUUUAUAAUCCAAAUCAGUUUGCGAAUCAAAACAGUAAACCGCUGAGCGAUCCUUUCGGGACGUCUACAUUUCCAAAGACUGAAGCUGGAAGUUUGAGUGAUUGUCUGCCACCUGUGGACGUCACUUCCGGAUAUUAUUCACUACCUACAAUCAGCAGCGUGAUUCCCGAACCUACCGGAAAAGCGACGCUCAGUCCUGUUCAAACAUCGGUGAAUCCGCUGAAUAAGGUGACACAGGGAACUGUGCCGCAGAGUCUUGAAAAUUUGGCUGCCGGAACAACAGAAAAGCGAAUGCAGUACAGACCAGUAUACCACCAUUGGUUUUUCCGAAAGGAGGUUGAAUCCAAAGUUCUAUGGAUUCCCUUUUCUAUGCAUGACAGUUUGAACCUUGAAGAAAUACACAAUUCAAAUGAAAUCAGCCCAGAAACGAAAGUAGCAACAGAUGGAGGUCGUUACGAUGUAGAUAUUUUGAGGCGUGAAAGAACUCCUGUUUACUGGCCAGGAGCACCUUCCGAGGUAAGAAGAUGUUCCUGGUUUUACAAAGGACCUUCCGAAUCCAGGUACACGCCAUAUGAUGAGAGUGUAGCUGCCAAAUUCGAGGAGGAAUUCAAGCAAGCGUGCGCUAACAAUUCUUGGAAUCGGAAAAUCGAUUUAAAUAAUGGAGAGUACAUCAUCUUCCAUAGUCCAACUGUUCAAGCCCACUAUUUGGAAACAUCAACUCCCGAAAUUGCUGCGACCUGGGCAAAUAGUGCCGGUUCAGAGGACAGUACGUAUUUACAGGGAAGCAACACAAGACCCAGAAUAGUGAAAAGAGGAGUCGAUGAAUUCCACAUUGAGGAUGGGGAACCAGAGAGGGUCGAUCAUCUUUUGUUUCUCGUCCAUGGUAUCGGGAGUGUAUGUGACUUGAAAUUCAGAACCGUUGAGGAAGUCGUUGAUGAAUUCCGUAGUAUAUCCCUGCAGUUAGUUCAGUCCCACUAUCGAUCCGCAUCCGAUCAAGGAAUAGUCAACAGGAUCGAAGUCCUUCCAAUAUCUUGGCAUACAACCUUGCAUUCAGAAGACACCGGCAUCGACAAAAAAUUAGAAGCAAUUACCCUAACCAGUAUCCCGAAACUUCGACACUUUACGAACGAUACACUCCUCGAUAUUCUUUUUUACACGAGUCCAGUUUACUGCCAAACUAUCAUGAAAACCGUAGGAACUGAGAUGAAUAGACUUUUCGGGUUAUUUAACGAAAGGAAUUCCAACUUUGAGGGAAAUGUCUAUUUGGGAGGUCAUUCCCUCGGUAGUUUAAUUGUUUUCGAUCUUCUCUGUCAUCAAAAUCCGCCUCCCGAAGAAAACCUAGACGAAAAUAAGGAGGAAUCAGAAAAUGCUGGAUCAGGAACUCCAGCUAUGAUUAUGAAGAGGAAGCUGAGUAGAAAAAUUAGCUACGUGAUGGGAGCUGCUGGUACUGGUCAGCCUUACAUUCAUUAUCCACAGUUGAGUUUUCAUCCUCGUGCCUUUUUUGCCUUUGGAAGUCCAAUUGGAAUGUUUGUGACUGUCAGAGGCAUUGACACUCUCGGGGAAGACUUUGCCUUACCAACAUGUCCGGCUUUCUUCAAUGUCUUUCAUCCUUUCGAUCCUGUUGCCUAUAGAGUGGAAUCUCUCAUCACUCCAGAAGCGCAGAAAUAUCGGCCAAAGCUUAUUCCACAUCAUAAGGGCAGGAAGCGAAUGCACUUAGAAUUAAAGGAGACGAUGGCACGAGUCGGUGCAGAUUUGAAACAAAAGCUGUUGGAUUCGGUGCGAAGCACGUGGAACUCUGUCUACCAAUUGGCAAUGUUUCAUAAACCAGAUAAUCAGGCUCUCGAGAGAGAAAUUGAUAAAGUCGUUGAAGAGCAAAUGAUCCACCCGCCAAGUGAACCAGAAGUGCCGAGCGAGGAUGGUGGAGAGGACUUGAAAGUGGGAAAACUGAAUGGUGGUCGAAGAAUCGAUUAUGUACUUCAAGAGGCACCGUUCGAGUACAUCAAUGAAUACAUUUUCGCCCUCACGAGUCACGUUUGUUAUUGGGAAUCGGAAGACACGAUGUUACUUAUCCUAAAAGAAAUCUACGGUUCAAUGGGAAUUCAAACAGACGCUCAACUCCCGCAGAAUAUUUCAAUUGAAAGAGUAUCUUCUUCUUCAACGCCAGGGCCUUCCUCCUACCAAAACAGUUACGAUUCACCAAUUUCCGUCCCCGGAGUCGACCCAACUUCUCCAAUAACUAGCAAAACUGUCGGCCCCCCACCAACAACUGGAUUCGUUCGGAAAUCGUGAUCAACGUCUAGUGAGUUUUCUCCUCCUAAAAGUGUAAAAUAUUCCUAAGAAAAUCCCCUGCAACGGUAACUUCAUAAAAUUGAGUUAAAAACUCUCUCAAAAGACUACAGAGUAAUAUAUAUUGAAAGAGAAAAAAGCAUCACUUCGAAAUCAACGAUAUUGUGACAAAGUGACUUUAUUAAUCACAAAAGUGAAGAAGAGACGCGCGUGAAAGAGUGAGAGAGUGUGGAAAUUAGCGUGACUGAUUUUAAAAUGUACAUAUUUUCAAAAAAUGCGAGAAGUUUAACAAUUGCAAUUUGUUUUGUACCGUGCUUUCAUCUACAGAUUUACUAUUUGAAGCAUAUUGUACACGCAGAUAUUUUAAUAAAUCCCUGUAUUCUUCUAGAA